CAUUUUUGGGAACAUGACCACGCGGGACUAGGAAUGAAAACCAGAAGAUAUGAAUUUUGUACAAAAACUCCAAUUAAGAGAGACUGCUGGUUCAUUGAAGAAGCACAGAAAAUCAACAUCAGCAAGAUUGUUCAACAGCAUUCCUCGUCGCAUGUGUUAUCGUCUUUGUGCAUUAGUUCCGCAAGAUCUCCUUGAAGAAGGACUGGUUUUUCUUGGAUUUACCAAAUGUGGCCAGUUUGUGGUAUCAUAUUCCUGUCAGUUGCUGGUUGCUGCAGAACAUUCUACAUUACCUGUCUAUGUAUAUAAACUACAAUGGUGGAGAUUUAUACCAAACAGUCCAUUACAUAUGGUUUCUGAAGUAAGACUGUUUGGAGAAGAAGAUGUCACACAAGAUUUGUUUAUCACAUUUUGUCAGUGGCAGGAUGAUAGUUCUAAAGUCCUAGUCUUGGGUCAGAGUUUACCAAGUGAAGAUAGAGAUAGUUGUUGUCAGUGCUACAUGACAAUUACAUCGUUUCCUACCUCCUACAGGUGCUCAUUUUGUCAGCUGCUUCAGACAGCACCAAAAGAAUUACAGACAAUAUCAAAGUGCCUUGCUCAUAAAUAUGCCUUUCAUACAAAGUUUGAAUUGACUCCACCUUACCCACCGUUUUGUCCUAGAACUCAGUUAAAGAUUGAUGGAGUAGCAGUGGUAAAUACUGGUGAUUCCAUUGUUGCUCUUGCUGUAUGUGUUGGUGAUUCUUGUAAACAUUCACCCAUGUGUAGAAUGGACUGUUCAGUAGUGGAAAGUAUGGAUGAUCCUGGUUCCACAGAUGGUGUCAUAUCUGAUACUAUUAAAUAUACUGCAGUAAGGAGUCCAGCCUCUCCAUCACAUUUAUGUAGUGAAUGUAGAAAGAGACCAUUUUGUAAACAUGAGUAUGUGUUCUCUCCCUCGCCUAAACAUUUUUCUGAUGAAAGUCAGAAGGAGAAUAUGGAAGCAUAUUUGUUAAAAGAAUAUAGCAAGCAAAAGUCGCCAAAAUCUCCUCGUGUCAUUGAUUCAAAUCAACGAAAAAAUGGUAAACAUGGAUCCACAGGAAUGAGUUCACAAGAGUGGUUUGAAAGCAUGGGGGAUGAAAAUCAAUCAAAUGGAGUAUUGACUGCUCAUUCAUCAUCUGUUAUUCAUGAAAUUCAUGAUGGUGGAUCUAAUAUACAUAGUAUGGAGGUUGACCAGGAUAGAAUCUCCAAAGACAGGUGCUUAAGAUCACCAAAAGAUGAAAAUUCUUGUGAUUCAAAAAGUAGUGUUCAAAGCAGUAUUUACUUGCCUUCUAAAUCUAGUCCAUUGCAUGUGUCAGAAAAUUAUGACUGUUCAGACAAUCUAGUAGCACAUAGUCCUCUCCGUAUUACUACCAAUACCCAGAAUUCUCAAUCACGUCAGGCAUCACAACGAUCAUUUUUCUCACCGUCCAACAGCACAAGUAGUAGGAGUACUACAGACAGUCUUGUGUUACAAGUAAAUGAUUCGAGGACAGUAACGUUUUCUGUAAGAAAAUAUACACAGUCACUUGAACAAGAUGAUGAAUCACAAGAGGUUGUUGAAGAUGACUUGGACUUGGCCUAUCGUAGUGUGUUACCUGUCGAUGUACAAGGUCCUGAGGGAAGAUCACUUCUACUUUCACAGAAAAAAGAUGUUAAUCAGAAACAUUUAAAGGUUGUACAGUUAACAUUUGAUGUUGAGCAUUACCUCGAGGAAGUGAUUGGUCAAAAAGCAGAGUGGGGUCAUCGAUAUGUUUCUUUUACUAACUAUGAUCUACAAAUUCUUGAUGUAUGUGCAGAUAGAAAUUUAGUGGUUGGAAAAGUCAUUGUGUUAUUACAUGCCAGGGAAGAAUUGGACCUGCCAAAGAAAGUUAAGAGAUGCAAAAAUUCUAUCAAGAUGUACCAGACCAGCUUUUGUUUUACCUGGAAUUUAACAAAUGGGUUUUAUGACACAGUAAACAUUGACAGAUUAACUGAGGUCAAUGAGACAGAAAUGAGAAGGAAAGAAUGGAAGCCUGGACAUCGAGAAUGUGCCUUAUUGAGACGUCAGAUGUUUGUCCCUCAGUCCACACAUAGAUAUAUAAAUGUUCUCACUAAUGAAGCUGUGUUCAAAGGAAAAUCAUUGUCAAUGAUAGUCUCCCCUCAGCAUUUCGUUGCUAUACUAAUGUGAUUCUGAUGGUGCCAAGAGAAGACUGCAGUUAUCAAAAUUUUUUGUUACAAGACUUAUCAAUGAAUUGACACAUGACUUUUUAAGUUGUAGACCAAGACUUUGUAAUUAAGCAGUGUCAUAUUUUAACUCAAACAUCAGUGUUCAAAUUUGUCAAAUAAAAGUUUUCAUUUGAAAA